AUGGCUGAGAGAACACUGGAGCAGGGCACGGUCAGCAUCCCCAUGGAGGAGACCAAACUCCCUGGUGUCGCGCCUCAGGAGGCACCCCUGCUCACCCAUCUGAAGAAAGUGGAGAACCACAUCACUGAGGCUCAGCGCUUCUCCCACCUCCCACGCCGCUCUGCUGUGGACCUGGAGUUCAAUGAGCUCUCCUACACCAUCCGCGAGGGUCCCUGGUGGAGGAGGAGAGGUUACAAAGCCCUCCUCAAAUGCCUUUCUGGAAGUUUCAACAACAGAGAGCUGAUUGGCAUCAUGGGGCCUUCUGGGGCCGGGAAAUCCACCUUGAUGAAUAUUCUGGCAGGGUACAGGCAGACGGGCAUGAAGGGCCAAAUCCUGGUGAACGGCCGACCGAGAGACCUGAGGACCUUCAGGAAGAUGUCCUGCUACAUCAUGCAGGAUGACAUGCUACUGCCACACCUCACUACGAGGGAAGCCAUGAUGGUUUCUGCCAAUCUGAAACUGAAUGAGAGCGUGCAGGUCAAAAAAGAGCUUGUGGAUGAGAUCCUGACUGCUCUGGGUCUUCUGGACUGUGCUCAGACACGCACUAACUCUCUCUCCGGAGGCCAGUGUAAAAGACUGGCCAUCGCCCUCGAGCUGGUCAACAAUCCUCCUGUCAUGUUCUUUGAUGAGCCCACCAGUGGCCUGGACAGCGCGUCCUGCUUCCAGGUCGUUUCCCUCAUGAAGUCUCUGGCUCAGGGAGGACGGACCAUCAUCUGCACCAUUCAUCAGCCCAGUGCCAAGCUCUUUGAGAUGUUUGAUAAGCUGUACAUCCUCAGUCAGGGUCAGUGCAUAUACAAGGGCACAGUCCCUUACCUCAUCCCUUAUCUGAAGAACCUGGGCCUCCACUGCCCGACGUACCACAAUCCUGCUGAUUUCAUCAUUGAGGUGGCGUCAGGAGAGUACGGCGACUUGAAUCCUGUGCUGUUUGAGGCAGUUCAGGGUGGACUGUGUUCUGAAGAGGGCAAAAAGAACUCCAGAGACAAGAACGACCCUUCCUGUCACUCUCAGUGUCACAGUGAUACAGGAACCCUUGAAAAGCAUAGCUUUGCCACCAGUACAUUCACACAGUUCUGCAUCCUCUUCAAAAGAACCUUCAUUACAAUAUGCAGGGACACGGUGCUGACCCACCUCAGGGUGAUGUCCCAUCUGUGUAUUGGAGUGCUGAUUGGCCUGCUUUAUCUCAAAAUCGGAAACGAUGCCAGCAAGGUCUUCAACAACACUGGUUUCCUCUUCUUCUCCAUGCUAUUCCUCAUGUUUGCUGCCUUGAUGCCCACUGUUCUAACCUUUCCUCUGGAGAUGUCCGUGUUUAUGAGGGAACAUCUUAACUACUGGUACAGCCUCAAGGCCUACUACCUGGCCAAAACCAUGGCUGAUGUACCAUUCCAGGUGAUUUGUCCAAUCAUUUACUGUAGUAUAGUAUACUGGAUGACUGAACAGCCUCCAGAGGCAGGUCGCUACCUGCUUUUCAUGGCCUUGUCCACAUCCACAGCUCUAGUAGCCCAGUCGCUGGGUCUGCUUAUAGGGGCUGCAUCUACGUCUCUACAGGUGGCAACCUUCGUGGGUCCAGUCACAGCCAUACCUGUGCUCCUCUUCUCUGGCUUCUUUGUUAAUUUUGACACCAUUCCCAAAUACCUACAAUGGAGCUCUUAUGUCUCCUAUGUCAGGUACGGCUUUGAAGGGGUGAUACUCUCUAUCUACGGAAUGAACCGGUCCGAGCUGGAGUGUCCGGGUCUGGUGUGUAAGUUCCAAAAACCAGAGGAGGUCCUGCAGCUGCUAGAUGUGGAGGAUGCAAAGCUCUACGUGGACUUCAUGGUUCUGGGGGUUUUCUUCCUGGUGCUCAGACUGGCCACUUACCUGGUCCUGCGCUACAAAGUCAAGUCAGAGCGUUAA